CAAAGAGGCCAGUUAUGCCGUCCCUCCCGCUAGAAAACCAAUCUGAUCUGCUUUGACCAAACAGUCUAUAUCUUUGACUUUGACCAAACUACAGCUACAGAGCAGGAAGAAGAACUCAGUCUGGUCUCAGCUCCAUCAGCUGCUGCAUCUCUGCUGUCAUGUUCACUUUAACAUCAGAGCUGCUCCUUACUUUGUUCGCAAGUUCAUGGAUCUUUGUUCUGUGUCAAGAGACACAGGAGGUGACAGUGAAGGCUGGAGAGGACGCCACUCUUCCCUGUCGGGGUCACAGAGGUGCUGAAAUCACAUUCAUAGCGUGGAAGACAGAUGAUGGUUAUCUGUUCCUCUUCAGAGACAACCGCUCACGUGAAGAUGACCAGCUUCCAUCUUUUUGUGGUCGAGUGGAGCUGAAAGAUCCAAAGAUGAAGGACGGAGACGUUUCUGUGAUUCUGAAGAACGUCACCAUCAACGACACUGGAACAUAUGAGUGUUGGAUUAAAGAGGGAAACUUGCUGAACUCUGAACCUGAACUCUUCAGCACCAUCAAGCUGACAGUGACAGAGACACAGGAGGUGACAGUGAAGGUUGGAGAGGACGCCACUCUUCAGUGUCAGAGUCACGGAGGUGCUGACAUCUCACUGAUAGAGUGGAGCAGAACUGACCUGAAGCCAGAUGAUGGUUUUGUCUUCUUAUUCAGUAACGACCGCUCAUAUGAAGAAAUCCAGCACCCAUAUUUUUAUGGUCGAGUGGAGCUUCAAGAUCCAGAGAUGAAGAACGGAGACGCUUCUGUGAUUCUGAAGAACGUCAACAUCAAGGACACUGGAACAUAUGAGUGUUUGAUUGUAGGGAAAAACUCAAGAGACAGAAAGAGAGACGUAUUUGAGUACAUCAGCAUCAUCGAGCUGACAGUGACAGGUCACACAGCUGGACACAUCUGGGAGGGAUACGUUGGAGUUGUUUGUUUUCUUUCUCUUCUUCUUGUUGCUGUUGGUGGUUUUAUGGUCAAUCAAAUGAUUCAAAGGAGACACAGACCAGAAACAACUCCUGACUCAGAGAGUGCAGAAGACGCCCUAAACCCAUCAUCAUCAUCAUCAGUCUGACAGAUCCAGGUCACACAGCUGGAGACAAGGAGGGAGGAAGCAAGGAGGAAGAUGUUUCACAGACAGGUGGUGUGCUCGCUGUUGUUGAUGUUUGUUUUAUGAUCUUUAGAAAACAUAAAGGAUGCACAGAGCAUAAUUCAAGAGAAAAUUCUGUAAUAAUGUUUAUGCCUCAAAUAACCAGCCGUAUGCACGUGUGCCUGCUCAGCUUUCCUGGAUGGAGCUUAAAUAACAUAACUAUGUAUAUAUGUACUCAGGGAUGAGUAGUAUUAAACUUUAAACUUAUUUGAAAUUCAAAAUAGGAUAUUGCACAUUUUUAUUUAUAUGGUCAACGAGAAUAU